AUGGCACACUUUUCAAUCUGGGCGCAGUUGCCGGCCGAGGGCCCAUCGGCGUUUUGUGGACAGCCGCCCAACACCCAGGCCGACUUGCACAUAAUCAAGGGAUUCUUCCGCAUCUUCGAUGUCCCCGAGACUGUCAGUCCCGCCAUGGUGUGGCACCCUGCGCCCCCGGGAUAUGUUCGCAACGAGAAGCAAGCAAGCAUCAUCGCCGGCAUGGCUGUGUCCAUGGUAAUUAUCUUCGGCAUAACUACGGCGAGGAUACUCGCCAGAAUCUGUGGAGAGCAUACCGUUUUCGGGCUAGACGACUAUGCCAUCAUUCCUGCCGCAGCGCUCGCCCUACUUUACCCCGUGUUGCAGCUCCUCGCCGUCGUCAAGGGCGGUGGCGGGCGGCACUCGUGGGACAACACCUACGAGAACAUCAGCCAGUUUUUCUUUUAUCUAGACACCUGCACCAAAGUGUAUUACGCCGACAUGGCCCUCCUCAAGAUUUCGAUCACGAUCUUUGUUCGCCGCCUCGCCAACCACGCCUCGUCGAGGUGGCGCAUAGCCGCAGACGUCUACAUCAUCACCGUGGUCGGUCACCUGAUCGCGGGCGUCCUGGUCAACUCCCUCAGGUGCGACCCGCCGCGCGCCGGCUGGGACAUGGAGUUCAGCGGCAGCCUCGAGCCGCCUGCCCGCUGCCACGAAUUCCACCCCAUCUUCAUCACCCUGCACACCGUCCACGUCGUGCAGAGCAUGACGCUGCUCAUGGCGCCCGUCGUCAUCCUGUGGAAGGUGCAGAUGGACACGGGCAAGAAGAUCCGCCUGUUCGUCAUCUGGUUGGUGGGCGCCCUGUCCGUCCUGGGUGGGCUGCUGCAGUACCUCCUCGCGCCCGUCGGCGAGUAUGACAUAUUCAUGGCGUACACCACGACCCUGCAGUGGACCAUGCUGGACCUGACCAUGGGGGUCAUCGCCGCCUCGCUGCCGGUGCUGGACAGCGUGCUCAUCGGCGGCUGGCGCCGCGCCACGUCCAGGAUUGUCAAGCUGUGCCGCAAGUCCUCGAGCUCCCGCCUCGGGACCGGAGACCCGGGCACCAGCAGCAGGACCUCGGGGGCGCGCAGCCAGGACCGAACCGCGAUCGGCGGUAGCACCAGCAACUUGGCGCUGGGCCAGUCUCGACCCGCCUUGAGCAGCAUCCGGGACCAGUUCGAUUCGACCGAGGCCAAGAUGCCCCCGGUCCGUGCGGCUCGGCUCACGACUGACGAGCAGUACGGCCCGUACGAGAUGCCGAAUUUGUCCCCCAGGGCAACGGCCGAUACCGGCGUAGACCUGGGCGAACCCUCGCGGAAAGAAAACGAAGAGGUAUAA